AUGCGCGCCGCACAACUCGCCGUCGCCUGCUUGGCGGCGUCUGUAGCCUGUGAAACACACCUCAACGUUACCGCGAUCGGCGCCAGCGACGGUCUGUCAAGGUUCGAGUGCUGGCAGAUGAAUGCGCCGUUCUCGAUAUCAAACGACAAGGCCACCAAGGGAGCAGGCAUAGCACAGCUCGGCAACGUCUCGAACCUCAUCUGGUCGAUUGGCUAUCCUGGGCAAACCGUCGCAGCGCAUACUGCGCCAUUCAACCAAUGGGUCGUACUACUAGAGGGCUUUGCCCACAUCGCGCUCGCUCACAACAAGUCCGACGUCGUCUACAUGACCGGCGGCAAGUUUGGCAUUCUCUUCGCAUCGGACACGGCUGAUGUCAGCAAGGAGGGCCACAUCAGCACAUACCUUGGCACCUCGGAGAGUGUCUUUCUCCAGAUACCGAUCGCAGACGGGUUCCCUCCGGAGCACAAAACGCUUCACAUGGGUCCUUGCAAGACGGAGGAGUUGACGGGCUCCUGA